AUGAAGACCGAGACUGCCCAACAGAUCAUCAAGGCCUUCUGCGAGGGGUGGUUGGCUCACUAUCCCAAGCCUCUGCAGCUCAUUCCAGACAAUGGCAGGGCAUUUGGGUCCGAAGAGUUCACCAAGUUCUGCCAAGACAAUGGCAUUGUCGUCAACUUUCCAGCCGAGAAAGAGGCCUGGAGUCAUGGUGUAGUUGAGCAUGCCAUCAAAGAUCUGAAACACACAGCAUCUGCAAUCCAGCUGGAGGCCAUGGAUCAGGACCCAAUGGUCACUUUGGUGCUGGCUGCUUCUGCCCUGAACUCCACUGAAUAUGUAUCCGGCUACACUUCUCAUCAAUGGGCGUUCGGCAAGGACCACAGCCUGUUGGAUGAAGACUACAUGAUCUUCAACCAGAUCAAGGACAAACUGUCAUACUCAAAACUGGUGUCAGCCCGACAUCAGGCUGAGCAAGUGGCUCGCAAACAUCGAGCUGGACGCAUCUUGAUGAGGCUCUCCAAUUCCAAGGCACGGCAACCUCUCCGAGACUACAAGUGCACCGAUCUUGUGAAGAUCUGGCGACGAGUUCAUCCUGAACUUGAAGGACCACGUGGUGGUCGGAGGAAAAGUCAACGACCCGGAUGGAUCGGUCCUGGUCGUGUCAUCUUCUCUGAGGCACUACCACAUCAAGAUCCUCAAGAUCACCGGAAGCAUGUGGUUUGGGUUCUCAUGCAGGGCAAACUCUUCCGCUGCUCUGCUCUGAGUGUUCGUCCAGUCACUGAACCAGAACGUCUUCGCUGGGAGGUGACAUCCAAGGAAGACAUCAGCCAAUGGAAGACUCUGGCCGACAUCAUGCCAAAGAAAGAGUACCAGGACCUCACUGAUGAGAUUCCUGCCGAAAAUGAGCCGGAACAUCCCAAUCUUCCAUGGCAUCCUGAUUCCACCACAUAUGCUCCCAUCAGACGUCAGACCACCAAGUCAACGUUGGCACCUGAAGAUUAUCGAGUGGUUCAUCGAUCAUCUCCGCUUGGACUUGAAAAGAAGAGCAUCGUACCUCUUGGGUUUGAUCGGCCUUUGGACUCGAGGCCCAGCUCUUCAGCAGGUCUUGACUCUGGACUUCCUGGACCUGCAGCGUCUGGACUUGGCGCAGGAGAUGAUCAGCACACUCCUGGAUUUGGAGAGGAUGAGGUGUCCGUCAACGAAUAUGAACCCACCGAGCCAGAUACUGCUCCAGAACCGGCAUCCAAGAGAGCUCGUGGUGAAGAAGAUGAUCUCCUACAUCUCUCAUGGGUGGAAAAGCUGCAAGUCGAUGCAGCUCUUGAGGAACAAGCCUUCAGCUUGAACCAGCUCGUGAGGGAGAAUGAGGACAUCCUGACUGUCACCUUUGAGGUGGAGGCCACGUCCCAUCGUCAACGCAAGUUCCUCGAGAGAAACCCUGUGGCCUACAUGAUCAAGAAGAUGAACUCCUCUGAGGAGUGGCGAGACAUAUGCGCUCGCAUCGAUGCCGCCUACAAGUGGGGCACUGCUCGCCGUCGUGACUACAGCUUGGAAAAGUUCAUGACCAUUUGGCGAUGGUCAGUGGCAUUUGACCACAACUUCGUGGCCGCCAAGAAGAACAAGAAAGCUGGCAAGUCCGCGGUGGCCCACAUGGAUGACUCGCUUGGUGAUGAAGGACACCACGACUUCUGCGAGUCCAUGCAGGGCAAGUUCAUGGAGCUUGCAAUCAUCGCCAGAGACCUACCUGGUCACAAGCUUCUGAGUGGCACAUGGUGA